UUUUAGGAAUUACGAGGCGCUUCGAAUGUGACAUGGAGAUAAACAGACCCGCACCGUGCAGACAGUUGAGGUUAUCAACGUUACGCAUUGCUUCGCUAACGUAGCAUGCGUUGAAAGGGGAAAGUUGCUCUGUAUGCUCCGAUGUUGUGCUUGGAGAGCCCAUUAAACGCGCUUUCAGAUAAGUGAGCUGAUUUAAACGCCCGUGUCUGCCGUCGUUGCCUCUACAUCAACGGGGCUGCUAAAGGGGCUAGCUAAAGUUAGCUACAGAGUCGUGUUCUUUGGACCAAAAGGUGCAUAAAACACCACGCCAGCGUUCAAAGCACUUGCACCGUAAACGACUGAAAACCUGAGAUUUAGCUAGAGAGUCGUGUUUGAGAUAUACACCCAGCCGCUGGCUUUGACAAACGCACGCCGUCGGCAUGGCUUCAUACAAGCGUCUGAACCCCGAGGAUGUUCAGUUUUCCAGUGCAGUGUUCUCGGAGGAGCCUCGUCCUGUCCAAGAGGGAGUGUCAGUGCUGGAGCCGGAGGAGGCCUCCUUGCUUCCACGGAUGCCGUCAUGCUCCAUCACCACGGGCCUCCUGGUGCUUGGCUGCCUGCUGCUGCUCCUCUGUGGAGGCUGGCUGCUGGGCACCAUGUUCUGGCUGCACGGUCCGUCCAACCAACAGCCGCAUAGACCCCCGCUGCCGGCCGCAGCACCGACGCCCCAAACAGGAUUAAACAACACUGCAGCUGCCUCCCGUCGUGAGGCUUGCACUUUGAUCCCAGAGGCUUGGAGGUUUGACUGCUACCCUGAAAGGGGGGUGGUUGUGACCAGAGAGCUGUGUGAGGCGAGGAACUGUUGCUUUAUCCCUGCUACCUUUCCCUCCUCCUCUGCCACCCGCCCAUCAGGGAAAAAUGGUAUCCCCUGGUGUUUCUAUCCUCCAGAUUUUCCAUCCUACUCGCUAGUGUCAAUCAACGACACAUCCCUGGGACAAAAUGGCGCACUUGUGAGGGAAGUGAAGACCUAUUACCCAGCAGACAUCCUCACUCUAGGGGUGGAGAUACGUCAUGAGACAGACACGCGGCUACGUGUCAGGAUCACCGACCCUUCUAAUUCACGGUUUGAAGUCCCAAUCUCUGUCCCUACUGCCACCGAGAAGGCGAAAAGUCCUGACUACAUUGUGGAGCUUUCAAAAGAGCCCUUCGGUCUCGUCGUGAAGAGAAGCUCUACAGGAGCAGUGCUUCUGAACACCACAGUGGCUCCUCUCUUCUAUGCGGAUCAGUUCCUCCAGUUCUCCACCUCCCUAUCCAGUCAGUUCAUCUAUGGCCUGGGGGAACAUCGCUCCACCUUUCUGCACGAUGUCCACUGGAACACGCUCACCAUGUGGGCCAGAGAUGUGCCUCCUAUGGAGCAGACAAACCUGUACGGAGCCCAUCCAUUUUAUCUGGCAAUGGAGGACGGAGGGAAUGCGCACGGCUUCUUCCUGCUGAACAGCAACGCAAUGGAUGUGGUCCUCCAGCCUGCCCCAGCCCUCACCUGGCGUACUAUUGGUGGAAUCCUCGACUUUUACGUUUUCCUUGGUCCCGAUCCCGGUUCAGUUAUUGAACAGUAUGUGGAAGUCAUAGGAUACCCAGCGAUGCCCAUCUACUGGGCUUUGGGAUACCAUCUCUGUCGCUGGGGUUACAACACAAGUGAUUCUACCUGGGAGGUUGUCAAGAAAAUGAGGAAUUAUGGGAUACCUCAGGAUGUCCAGUGGAAUGACAUCGACUACAUGGACCAAUUCAUGGACUUCACUUUAGACACCACAAAGUUUGCAACGCUGCCCGACAUGGUCAAGGAUCUGCACGCUCAUGACCAGCGCUAUGUCAUGAUCCUGGACCCAGGUAUCAGCAGCACUCAGCCUGAGGGCUCAUAUUGGCCAUUCGAUGACGGAAUUAAGAGAGGAGUUUUUAUUAAGGAUGCUGAGGGAAAAACACUCUUUGGGAAGGUGUGGCCUGGUCUUACAGCAUAUCCUGAUUUCUCGGCGGAUGUGACACAUGAGUGGUGGUACGACAACCUUCAGCGGUUCCACGAGAAAGUGCCCUUUGACGGAUUAUGGAUUGACAUGAACGAGCCAUCAAACUUCCUGGAUGGAUCCACUAACGGCUGUCCAUCAAACAGUCUUGAAAAUCCUCCUUAUACACCCGGUAUACUAGGAGGUUUGCUGAGAGCCAAAACGGUGUGUGCCACUGCACAGCAAAAGCAGUCCAUACACUAUAAUAUGCACAGCCUGUAUGGACUCAUGGAAGCUAAAGCCUCUGCCAGCGCUCUGAAGCGAAUCGUGGCAAAGAGACCUUUUGUGAUCUCUCGCUCCACCUUCCCCAGUCAGGGGAUGUACUCUGGUCACUGGCUGGGAGACAACAGGAGCCAAUGGAAAGACCUUUACACCUCUAUAGCGGGUAUGUUGACCUUUAACCUUCUGGGCAUCCCGCUGGUGGGAGCAGAUAUCUGCGGCUUCAGUGAGGAGCCGCAGGAGGAGCUGUGUGUCCGCUGGACGCAGCUCGGAGCUUUUUAUCCCUUCACACGCAACCACAACGCCAUCGACAUGAGGCCUCAGGAUCCCACAGCUUUCAGCCCUCUGGCUUCUACAGCCAUGAAGCAGGCUCUGCUGCUGCGUUAUUCUCUCUUCCCUGUCCUCUACACUCUCUUUCAUCACGCUCAUGUCCACGGACACACUGUUGCACGACCGCUGAUGUUUGAGUUUCCCAAAGAUGUAAGAACUUAUGGGAUUGACAAACAGUUCCUGUGGGGGAAGGGUUUGUUGGUGACACCAGUGUUAGAUCCUGGAGUCAAUUAUGUGGAUGGUUACUUCCCCGAGGGACUGUGGUAUGACUACUACACGGGUGACUCUGUGCGCAGUAAGGGCGAAGAGCUUCAACUUCACGCACCCCUAGAUAAGAUCAACCUGCACUUGCGUGAAGGAUCUGUUAUACCAACACAGGCGCCCAAUCUGACCCUGUGGGUGAGCAGUGGUCAGCCUCUCCACCUGGUCUCAGCCCUCUCUGAUGAUGGCUCAGCCAGCGGAGAUUUGUUCUGGGACGACGGAGAGAGCAUCGACACCUACGAGACCAACCAGUACGCCUACAUCAUCUUCAGCGUCGCUCAGAACGUGAUGACGUCCCAGGUACUCCAUAAUAACGUGGAGGCCACGUACAUCACCGUGGAGUCGACCUCCUUCUACGGUGUGAAGGAGAAGCCCAGCAGGGUGUUGGUGAACUCCCAGGAUGCAUCGUUCACCUACAGAGCCAACCAGGUGUUAACGGUUGCAGAUCUUGGUCUCAACCUCAGUCAGAACUUCACCAUCAGCUGGAUGUAACAACACUGAUUUUUUUUUUUUUUUGGUUUGUUUUAAAAAAAAAAAAGAUUGGUUUUACCUGCUGUUGACCGUGGAAGUCAUAAGCGUUAGGACGGCGAUGUUUUUUCAUUGUUUCGGCUCUUUACUCCAUGACAUUGGACGGGAACACCAAUUGUGAGAUUCAAGCGCUGAUUUUAAACUUUAGAGAGCAACAUAACACCAGGCUGAAAGGCAGUGUCUCACUUCGCUGGUUGAAAGUCCCAAGUACGUGUCACCUCUGUUGCACCAAUCAUCACAGCCAGCAGUGAUGCUACAGUGCAAUGACACCCUGGAAUACACCUGUACGGCCCUACAGCAAGCGGAGCAGUUGAACUACUGAAGGUUACCAAAAACGAGAUUUUAAGUUUCUCUUUAAAAUGGUUCACAUCUCUGCUGAGUGUUGUACUUCAAUCCGGGUGGGAUUUGCUGGAGCCCAGAGCCACCGCCACUGUUAUCUGUCCAUUUGGACAGAUUUGGACGGAUAACACAAAAGCGCAGGUACUCUGAAGUGAGGGAAGUGGCGUUUGUGUUAAUCUUAUUUAUAGUGAAACACCAUCUCAGAGAUGCUUUUCACACUUCAAAUGGACAAAAGCACUUUCUGCAGAGCAGACACACUUAAAAAAGCUUAUGAAACAACAAUAUGAAAUCACUGACCGACACUGGUUUAGACACUGUUUUCAAUAUGUGUGGACAUUUAUGAAUUAUAGCUGAAGUGUCAUCUGAUUUAAACAAAAAGCACAGCUUUGCCUUUUGAACUUUAGCUUUAUCUUUAGCUCAGUUUGAUCAAAUCUGCAUCAUUUCUCAUCGGCAGAAAGAUGACACGCAAUAAAUGAAUGAGAGGAUAAUUACCUCCUGAGAAUGUGACAAGAGUCUGUCCAUGAUGUAAUAAAUUGUACGUGCUUUAAUGCUGUUUACAGCCUGAUCUUGCACUAAUUGGUAAUGCAGUAUUGUACAGGUAGAUACAGGUGCCUUAUGAUUCCUGUUUGUGCGUUUUGGAGCGUUUCAGGGUUUGUCCCUUUUCAGUCCUGUUGUUCAGUGCUUAAGACCAUAGAACGGCCUGAAGCCUGAAGAAGACUUGUAACUGUAAAAUUGUACUAAAGCCGCGGGGAGUGCUCUGUGGACACACUGUGAUGCCGCUGACGGCGGACUGCAACCAAAACCUGAAGCAUGGUAGAUUUUCUUGAGCUGGUUGAGUGAAGUUUUCAAGCUCAGCGACAUUCAUUCUGCCUAAAUUUGACCUCAACGCUGCGGAAGCGUGAUCUGAAUUCAUGGGUUUCUGCGCCUCUUGGAAAAUAACUUGUUCAAGGAAUCAUCAGUGCAUGUGUGCUGUGAAGUAAACUAAGCAAAACCAGAAAAAAAACUUUUUUUAAGAAUGGAAAGACACCAAUAUAGAGUAUAUUUUACUGUCAUUUGCGUUAAUGUAACUGAAUUUGCACUAACAGCUUGCGGUUUUUCAUUUUAUCACGAAGCCUUGUGUUUUGAUUCUUGUGAAAUGGCUUAAAUGUAUAAAUUAUAUGAACAACAUGAAAACUACUGG